AGGAACAUAAAUAGGCAAUAAGAAGAGCGCAACUGAUCGCAGAGCACAGGAUGGGUAUCUAUUUUCUUCUAUUAAUUGUAGGGGUUUGCUGGGCACAGUACAACCCUAAUACUCUCUCUGGGAGGACAUCUAUUGUACAUCUCUUUGAAUGGCGCUGGGCGGAUAUUGCUCUUGAGUGUGAACGCUGUUUAGCUCCUAAUGGAUUUGGAGGAGUUCAGAUUUCACCUCCAAAUGAAAAUGUUAUCAUUACUGACUCCUGGCAACCAUGGUGGGAAAGAUACCAGCCUGUCAGCUACAAGCUGUGCACACGAUCUGGAAAUGAAACUGAAUUUAGAGACAUGGUGACCAGGUGCAACAAUGUUGGAGUACAUAUUUAUGUGGAUGCAGUAAUCAACCAUAUGUGCGGAGCUAAUGCUGGUGCUGGCAAGCAUGCUACUUGUGGAAGCUAUUUCAAUGCAAAGACUAAAGAUUUUCCAGCUGUGCCAUAUUCUGGCUGGGACUUUAAUGAUGGCAAAUGUAAAUCUAGUAGUGGAGACAUUGAGAAUUACCAUGAUAUAUCUCAG